AUGAGUGAUUUGUAUAAAUGCAUCUUAAGGCUAACAAGAGACCCUGCUAAGCAAGAAAAAGUUGUGGCCGAAGUGAGUUUGUUCACAAAUGCCCAAGGACUAUUCGGGAAUGAGUUAGCUGUUAGGACAAGAAAGACUAGAGCACCAGCUGAAUGGUGGGCUGCAUAUGGAGCUUCAGCUCCAAAUUUGCAAGAGUUUGCAAUGAAAGUCCUCAACUUAACAUGCAGUGCAUCAGGUUGUGAACGGAAUUGGAGCAUCUUUGAAAAUAUUCAUAGCAAGAGGAGAAAUAGGUUAGAUCAUCAACGCUUGAAUGAUUUGGUGUACAUUAAGUAUAAUCGAGCCUUGAAGAGAAGAUACAAUGAACGUAACACCAUUGACCCAAUUUCCUUGAAAGAUAUAGAUGAUAGCAAUGAAUGGUUGAUAGGGAGAAUGGAAGAUGAGGAUUCUCAUGGAGGUGCACAAGAUGAUUUUGUAUUUGAUGAUGACAAUUUGACAUGGGGUGAUGUUGCUAGUGCUGCUGGAGCUGAGGAGGCUAGGUUUGAUACUAGAGCUAGAGCUAGAGCAAGCUCAAGCAUAAUACCACCAACAAGGGGGAUAGCUUCAAGUUCUAGAACUUUGCCUUCUCAUUCACUAAUAGAUGAAGAUGAAGAUGGAGGCAUGGUUGAUUCAGCAGAUGAAGAAGAUGGGGAAGGCUACAAAUGUGGUGAUGGAAAUGAUGAUGUUGAUGAUUUUGUUGAUUUAGAGGAGGAGUGA